AGAGGAGGGGUGGGCGGGGGGGAGCAGGAGGGAGUAGAAGGGAGCAGGAGGGAGUAGGGUGGAAGAGCAGCAGCAGCUGCCAGCCCAGUUAGCCGCAGUUGGCAAAUUCAUUCCACGUCUACGUCCACCACCGCUGACUGCUGCGACUGGCCGGCGACGUGAGGCUGCGAUCGGGAACGGGACGACGAGAGAUCUACGGGAGCUCAUCGAUCGCUGGGGGCAGGCGACACCACGCCUGCCGACAUGGCGGACGGGAACAGCACCACCGUGGACUUCCUGCCGAAGGGCGGGGGGGCGGCGCUGGGGCCGCCGGGGGGGGGGCCCUUUGGUUGCUCGCUGCAGGAGCUACGCGACCUCAUGGAGGUGCGCGGCACGGAGGCCAUCGCCAAGGUGGCGGAGGCCUACGGUGGCGUACACGGCCUGUGCCACAGGCUCGGCACCUCGCCCACCGACGGGCUGAGUGGGAGCCAGGCGGACCUGGAGCAGCGGCGUGCGGUGUUCGGAGCGAACCUCAUCCCCCCCAAGAAGCCCAAGUCGUUCCUGGCACUCGUGUGGGAGGCGCUGCAAGACGUGACGCUCAUCAUCCUUGAGGUGGCGGCCCUCGUGUCGCUGGGACUCUCCUUCUACCACCCGCCCGAGGGCAACGACGAGUCGUGCGGGAAUGCGGCGGGCAGCGGCGGCGAGGAGGGCGAGGCGGAGGCCGGCUGGAUCGAAGGAGCGGCCAUCCUCCUCUCCGUCAUCGUCGUGGUGCUUGUCACGGCCUUCAACGACUGGAGCAAGGAGCGACAAUUCCGAGGCCUGCAGAACCGCAUUGAGCAGGAGCAGAAGUUCACCGUUAUCCGCCAGGGCCAGGUCAUCCAGAUCCCCGUGGCUGACAUUGUGGUGGGGGAUGUGGCACAGGUCAAGUACGGCGACCUGCUCCCGGCUGACGGCGUGGUCAUCCAGAGCAACGACUUGAAGAUCGAUGAGAGUUCUCUCACCGGGGAGUCGGACCACGUGCGCAAGGCCGUCGACCGCGACCCCAUGCUGCUCUCUGGCACGCACGUGAUGGAGGGGUCGGGCAAGAUGCUGGUGUCGGCCGUGGGCGUCAACUCCCAGACUGGCAUCAUAUUCACGCUGCUGGGCGCCAGCAGCGAGGAGGAGAGCAAGAGCAAGGAGAAGGACAAGAAGGGCAAGAAGCAGGAUGCAUCAGCUGCAGCGGCCGAGGCAGGCCGCAUCAAAGGCAGGGCGGACGGCGUGGACGGCAUGGAGAUGGAGAUGGAGCCGCUGAAGGGGGCGGAGAAGGGGGAGGGGGAGGGGGAGGAGGCGGCUCGCAAGAAGAAGCCAUCGCCACCCAAGAAGGAGAAGUCGGUGCUGCAGGGGAAGCUCACCAAGCUCGCGGUGCAGAUUGGCAAGGCCGGUCUGGUGAUGUCGGCCAUCACCGUGGUGAUCCUGGUGCUCUACUUCGUGAUCGACACCUUCUGGGUGCAGGGCCUGCCCUGGCUGGCCGAGUGCACGCCGGUCUACGUGCAGUACUUCGUCAAGUUCUUCAUCAUCGGCGUCACCGUGCUCGUCGUGGCCGUGCCCGAGGGGCUGCCCCUUGCUGUCACCAUUGCCCUCGCCUACUCCGUCAAGAAAAUGAUGAAGGACAACAACCUGGUGCGGCACCUGGACGCGUGCGAGACGAUGGGCAAUGCCACGGCCAUUUGCUCUGACAAGACGGGGACGCUCACCACCAACCGCAUGACGGCCGUGCAGCUGUUUAUUGGGGGCAAGCACCACAAGAAGAUCCCCGCUGCGGAGGAGGUGGCGGCGUCCACGCUGGACACGCUGACCACCGGCGUGGCCGUCAACUCGGCCUACACCACCAAGAUCCUGCCCCCCGAGCGCGAGGGGGGGCUGCCGCGUCAGGUGGGGAACAAGACGGAGUGCUCGCUGCUGGGGCUGCUGCUGGAGCUGAAGCGAGACUACCAGGCAGUGCGGGAUGAGGUGACGGAGGAGCACCUCUUCAAGGUCUACACCUUCAACUCGGCGCGCAAGUCCAUGAGCACCGUCCUGCGCACGCCCGAAGGGGGAUACCGUCUCUACAGCAAGGGGGCUUCCGAGAUCCUCCUCAAGAAGUGCACGCAGAUCCUGGACGCGAGUGGCUCCCCGGGCCCGUUCAAGGCGCGCGAGCGUGAGGAGAUGGCUCGCCGCGUCAUCGAGCCCAUGGCCAACGACGGCCUGCGCACCAUCUGCCUGGCGCUCCGUGACUUCCCGCAGGGUACCGAGCCCAGCUGGGAAGACGAGGCGUCCAUCGUCUGCGAGCUCACCUGCGUGGCCGUCGUCGGCAUCGAGGACCCCGUGCGCCCGGAGGUGCCGGACGCGAUCCGGAUGUGCCAGCGUGCGGGCAUCACGGUGCGCAUGGUGACGGGCGACAACAUCAACACGGCGCGCGCCAUCGCCAUCAAGUGCGGCAUCUUGGCGCCCGGCGAGGACUUCCUGUGUAUCGAGGGCAAGGACUUCAACCGGCGAAUCCGCAACGAACGCGGGGAGAUUGAACAGGAGCGAUUGGACAAGGUGUGGCCCAAGUUGCGCGUUCUGGCGCGGUCCUCGCCCACGGACAAACACACACUCGUCAAGGGGAUCAUCGACAGCCAGACCGCGGAGCAGCGCCAGGUGGUGGCGGUGACCGGGGAUGGCACCAACGACGGCCCCGCACUCAAGAAGGCCGACGUCGGCUUCGCCAUGGGCAUCGCGGGCACGGAUGUGGCCAAGGAGGCGUCGGACAUCAUCCUGACGGACGACAACUUCAGCUCUAUCGUGAAGGCGGUGAUGUGGGGGCGCAACGUCUACGACAGCAUCUCCAAGUUCCUGCAGUUCCAGCUCACGGUCAACGUGGUGGCCGUCAUCGUCGCCUUCACCGGGGCCUGCAUCACGCAGGACUCCCCGCUAAAGGCGGUGCAGAUGCUGUGGGUGAACCUCAUCAUGGACACGCUGGCAUCGUUAGCGCUCGCCACGGAGCCGCCCACCGAGGCGCUGCUCCUGCGCCGGCCGUACGGCCGCAACAAGCCGCUCAUCUCGCGCACCAUGAUGAAGAACAUCCUGGGCCACGCCGUUUACCAGCUCACCGUCAUCUUCACGCUGCUCUUUGCCGGCGAGUUGAUAAUGGACGUGGACAACGGGCGCAACGCCCCGCUGCACGCGCCGCCCUCGGAGCACUACACCGUGGUGUUCAACACUUUCGUCAUGAUGCAGCUCUUCAACGAAAUCAACGCGCGCAAGAUCCACGGCGAGCGCAACGUCUUCCACGGAGUCUUCCGCAACCCCAUCUUCUGCUCCAUCGUGCUGGGGACAUUCAUCCUGCAGAUAAUGAUCGUGCAGUUUGGGGGGAAGCCGUUUAGCUGCACGGGCCUGUCGCUGGAGCACUGGCUCUGGUGCGUCUUCCUGGGCCUCGGGGAGCUGCUCUGGGGACAGCUGAUCGCGUCGGUCCCGUCUCACCGCCUCAAGUUCCUGCGCGAGGCUGGUAAGGGCUCCACGGAGGAGGAGCAGCGGCCGGGAGAGGAGGAUGAGGAGGAGAUCGACCACGCGGAGCGCGAGCUGCGGCGCGGACAGAUCCUCUGGUUCCGUGGCCUCAACCGCAUCCAGACUCAGAUGGGGGUGGUGACGGCGUUUCAGGGCGGACCCCCUUUCCAGGGGACCCUGCGGAGGCAGGCGACGGUGGCGUGUCACUACUCGCGCACGCACGACGCGGGCGGCUCCACCCCACACCACAUCCGCGUAGUCAAAGCAUUUCGUAGCUCACUGUACGAGGACGUGGGGCGGCCCGAGACGCGCGGCUCCAUCGACGACUUCAUGCCCCACCCCGACUUCGACAUCAUGGCCGACAUCCCCUCCAUCGACGGCUCGGACGCCGACGAGGACGCGGAGCCGACGGCGCGCCACCACCACCACAACCACCACGACGCCGCCGGGGACGGUGGCGGCGCCAGCAACGGAGUCACCGUCGCUCCCGGCUCGGGCCAGCCGGCACCGCUGGCCACCAGCGAGUCAUUCUCGUGAGGUCCGCCCGGCGUCGGCCUAACCCCGUCCGGCCCCUGCCGCCGCAGACCGCCGUCGCCGCACGCCCACCGUAUCGGCGGCUGUCCGGCGCAGCGGCCACGCGGCGACAGAACGUUCUCAAGGUCGCCGGCACGGCCGGGCGACGACGGCUGCGUGGCCCUAUACCUUUGACCCCUCAGCCCCCCUCCCGCACACCCCCAAAGGGUGUCGGUGGGGGCUAUGGGGUCACCACGGCGGGGUCACCACGGCGGGGUCACGGUUGAGUUUGGCCGAGCGGGCGAGCGGCCGGGUCGGUCACGGUCGCCAUGGUGGUCAUGUUCGGUGGGCGCCCCUCCCCCCCUCCCACCCCCUUCCCCCCCAUCCCUCCUUCCACUGCUCCAUUCCCCCCCACUGUGGUAAGACGACGAGGACGAGGAGGAUGAUGAUGGUGAUGGUGACAAUGACGACCACGACGGUGACUAUGAUGAUGACGACGACGACGACGACGAUGAUGAUGAUGGUGGUGGUACCUUCAAACCGUGAGCGGCCCCCCCUUUGUUAGUUCUGCGGCCGCUGGAGGUGGCGAGCGUCCCCCCCAGGUUGGGCUCCUCGCGUGUCCAGGUGUCCUGCAGCCGCCAGGGGGCGCAACAGACGCAGACUCCACACCCCAAACUUCCCCCCCCCCCUCAAGCCCUAACAUCCCCUACGUCCCCUAUAGCCCCUACGUCCACUACACGGCCUACACUCACGAACCCCUAACCCUAAUUGCCACCCCUAACCCUAAUUGCCACCCUUAACCCUAAUUGCCACCCCUAACCCUAAUUGCCACCCCUAAUCCUAAUUGCCACCCCUAUUCCUAAUUGCCACCCCUAUCCCUAAUUGCCACCCCUAACCCUAAUUGCCACCCCUAACCCUAAUUGCCACCCCUAACCCUAAUUGCCACCCUUAACCCUAAUUGCCACCCCAAACUCUAAUUGCCCCCCUUAACCCUAAUUGCCACCCUUAACCCUAAUUGCCACCCCUACACCCCUAACCAUAAUUGCCACCCCUAACCCUAAUUUCCACCCCUAAUCCUAAUUGCCACCCCUAAUCCUAAUUGCCACCCCUAAUCCUAAUUGCCACCCCUAACCCUAAUUGCCACCACUAAGCAGGGGGCGGGGGGGCAGCCCUGUGGGGACCUGCAGGUUGGGGCGGCCGUGGUCUGGGUACGAUCGCCCCUGAGCUCUGAGCUGUGGAGUGAGAGUUCGACACAGGCACCUGGUGCACAGGGGCGUGCAUGCGUCGCACUCACAGGAUAUGCAGUAUAUGUGUGUGUGUGUACCCACUGUGUGUGUGUACCCUGUGUGUGUGCAUACCCACUGUGUGUGUGUGUACCCUGUGUGUGUACCCACUGUGUGUGUGCGUACCCAGUGUGUGUGUGCGUACCCAGUGUGUGUGUGUACCCACUGUGUGUGUGUGAUGUGGUAGUUUAGUCCCACCUUGGUUAGGGGUUAGAGUUGGGGCUUAGGGGUUGGGGGUUAGAGUUGGUGCUUAGAGGUUGGGGGUUAGAGUUGGGGCUUAGGGGUUGGGGGUUAGAGUUGGGGGCAUUUGGCGUCUCUCUGGGGUCCCUGGUCCCCUUGGCAACGCCACGCAAGGCUCUGGUGGGGGCCCCUCAUGGCCCCCACUCGCAUUCAGCCGCCAGAUUGUCAUCCAUACACACCACACACACCGCACCCCACACACACCACACCGCACAUACCACACACCCCACACACCACACACACCACACACACCACACAUACGCACACCACACACACCACACACACCACACGCCAAACACCGCACACACGACAGGACAUUUGCUCGUGUGAUUGGUCGAGGCGGCCACGCUCAUGCCGCUGCUUGCUGCAUGCCGGCCCGAGUCUCCGUGUCACUCCAAUCCUGACACCACGCGCAGUCGUCUGCCUGCUGCCUGUGCGCUGCUCCAUGCCCCGCGUCUCCCCCCUCACGUCCCCUCCCCCCGACGUCUCCCCCAUCUCCCCCCGCCGUGUGCUCAUCAACCACGCGACACCUGGCGACCUUAACAAGGGAAACAUCUCGAGCGACGUUUCAGGCAAUGUUCUUUCUCCAUGGCACGGGGGGGGGGGGAGCAGUGUCCAUGGACACGGUGGCGGCCGAGUGUCGUUGGCCGUGCUUUGUGCAUCGUCGCCACCGCCACCAUCACCGUCUAUGACGACGAUGACGACAAGAAGUUAUUAAUUAUAAUAAACUUCAACAGCGACGACGAUAACAAUGAAGUUAUUAAUUAUAAUAAACUUCAACAGCGAUGACGAUAACAAUGAAGUUAUUAAUUAUAAUAAACUUCAACAGCGAUGACGAUAUGACGCCUUUGUUUGACCAACUUCGUCUCCCAGAGUGCACGUGGGCAGCUCAGAUCGGCUUGCAGAGUAGGGGGUGGCAACCACCGACGCUGACCGGCAACGGGGUCUUAGUGCGCUCACAUGGCAGUCGCCUCGGACGAGAUGUCCGAGGCGACUCAUCCAGCAGUGGAUGAGCGGAGCCCUACACGGUCCGAGGGGCCCUACGCGGGGGUUGGUGGCCAGCGACACACACACACAGGGACACACACGGACGGACACACACACACGGGCGGACACACACAGGUACACACCCAACCCCCUUGCUGUACUUCCACCACCCGUCAACCAUGCACGCUGGGACACUGCAGGGCGCUGUUGCCGCUGGUGUUGUCUCUGCUCUCCACUGUUCUGGUUUUGUUUGAAUUCUUCGCUUCAUCUCACUGAUUGGUGGACUCACUGAUUGGUGGACUCACUGAGUGGUGGACUCACUGGUUGGUGGACUCACUGGUUGGUGGGCUCACUGAUUGGCGAGUGCGCUAAUUGGCUAAUUUAUCUGAUCGAUUACAAAAGCACGAAUCCAUAGAGGUCCAGUGGUGGAUAUUCCACAUUCCUAUGACGGGGCCGAGUAAGUCUCUAUUUAACUCGCCUAUACAUACACACACACAAAGUGGUACUCAUGUUAUCGACCCUGAGAAGGAGGGCAGGAUGAUGGGCUGAAGCACCCAGCCGCCGGCUGUAGGUGCGGCUGUAACGCUACAAAUACACUCGUACAAGGACUCACAAAACACUCACAAACACUCCCACCAAGACAAAGACGCUCACAAACACUCCCACAAAGACACGCGCAAACAAAGAUCCCCCGUAUAGCCUGUAACAGACUGUUAGGGCAAGUGCUGUUAGCGAGCACCCUUGAAGGCCGGCACGGCACACGAGGGGGUUGGGUGGCCAAUACCACGCCCGGUCGCCUUUAUCUCCCUAGUGGCGAUGUUUAGUACCUGAUACUCAUUUGAGGCUGAGUCGACCUAGGGGAGGUUCUCAGGAACGAUUCAGAUAAUCGUCACUAGUGGUGGUCGUGAGCAGGAAUCGAACUCGGGUCGCCGGGUUCAUUAGCGCAGUGCGCGCUCACCGCUACACUACCGCUCCACUCACACACUGACACACACACACACUGACACACACACACUGACACACACACACUGACACACACACACUGACACACAUACUGACAUACACACACACACUGACACAUACUGACACACUGACACAUACACACUGACAUACACACACUGACAUACACACAUACUGACACACACUGACACAUACACACACUGACACACACACACUGACAUACACACACUGACACACACACACUGACACACACACACUGACACACACACUGACACUGACACUCACUGACACACACACUGACACUGACACUCACUGACACUCACUGACACUCACUGACACACUGACACUCACACAUUGACACGCACACACUGACACACAUUGACACACACUGACACAUUGACACACACUGACACACACAUUGACACACACAUUGACACACACACUGACACACUGACACACACUGACACACACUGACACUGACAUACAUUAACACACACACUGACACACAUUAACACACACACUGACACACACACACUGACACGCACACUGACACACACCCGCCCAGUCCCCUGCCUGGAGUGUUCCGCGUGACGGGGUUUGAUCCCCAAUUGGGGUGGGGCUCCUUUCGCUUCUGUUUGCCUUUUGCUUGUUAACGUUUUAACACGUUUUUAAUUAUUAUUAUGAUUAUUAUUAUAAUGUUUAUGAUGAUGUUGAUGAUGUUCGAGUUUUUUCGGGUGGGGGGUUUUUUUGACUUUGAGAAAUAAAUGACAACAAAAAAUUCAAACUUAGAAGAAAAAAUAUAUUGUUACGGAAAAUGUUGUAACGAUUACGAGAGAGGGUGGACGAGGGGGUGGAGCCGAGUAGUCGGGGUCGCCUCCCAGCUGGUGGACUAUUUUAAACGUGGUGUGGACAACAACAACCAGGUAGAGCAACGGGUACACGACGACACUCGCAAACGGACGAAUUGAGACGACGCAAAUCAGUCAACAAAGACAAGUCAACAAAAACGAGUCAACCGAGGAGACAAAUAGACACGUCAACAAAGACGAGCAAACAGACAAGUAAACAAAGACGAGUCAACAUAAACAAGUCGGACCGGUAAACAGGCGUCAACACGCUGGGAUCUGCGUGUUCCUCAGACGCCGUUCCAAGAACAUGUGGUCGUGCGUCACGUGGUCGUGCAUCACGUGACCUCCAGGCCUUGUUGGGCCCCACGUGGUGAUGACGAUGACGACCACGAUGAUGGAAGGGGAUGAGUUCACCACGUGGCCCGGGUGUGGGGAGGGGGACCCCCACACUGGAAACCUGGGGGCCUGCCGCUGCUGUUCCUGGGGGUGUGCAGCCGCUCCCCCCCCAUGUUGCGUUCAAAGGGACAUCGUCUUGACUCUACGACGGGGAUUGCAAGGGGAUGUGUGGACCCCCCCUAUGUGGUCCUCAAGUGGGAUGCCAAGGGAAUGAGGGUGUCACUAGAGGGGACCUCAAAGCAUCUCCCAGAUAUCCAGGGGGUGGGUUCCAAAGGGAUGGACACGUCCAUCAAGGGGAUUCUGAAGGGACUCUUGGAUUGACCAGGGACUAGACAGGAACCGGAACUGGUCCCCCUCAGCCUGGGUGGAGGGGAGGGGGGUGUUCGGGGUAUCUCCUUUAUCCCCUCUAACCCCCCACUGGUGUUUGCUUUCCGAAUCGGCUCGUAGGCGAAAUUAGAUCCAGUUCGACUCCGAUGUUAAUUCUCCCGAAUCCGAUUCCAUUCUACCCCCCCACCCUUCUACUCCAAUUUAAAAUUGGACUCUGACCCCCCCACGACCCCCCCCCCCACGACCCCUCCCCGAGCCCCGAUGGAGUUUCGAGUCCAGUUUUCGAAUUCCUUCAUAUGGUCGCGGUGCUGCGGCGUUGUAUGAGAAAGGGGGACUGAGAGGGGGGAAGAGAGGGGGGGGGGGAAGAGGGUGGGGGGAGUCGCUCCUCGGGGUGCUGGCAGAGGAACCUCACUCAGUCGGAUGGAAGUGAAAAUAGUGAACGGGGGUUGGGGUGGUGGGAACGAUUCAGGUAAUCGUCUCACCUCCCCCCCCUUCCUUUCUGGACGAUGUCCGCCACUCUGUGAGUAGAGACAGGGGGGGCGAGUAGAGACGGGGGGGGGGGUGUCGCUUCAUCGGUGCUCUCCCUGCCAUUUGGCCUCGCCGAGUCGAUCGCGGAUUCGUGGUCGGUGUUUCGAUCAACGCGGCAAUUUGUCGCGGACUGGCGACUUAUAAUUAACUAAUUAACGAAUUAAUGAUUCGCCGGCUUCGCUUGGAUUGGCCAAUUGCGAGUGGCUGGACCCCGUGCGGUGCUGGUGCGCCUAGAUCCACUUCGUGGGGAAAUCCGUGCAGGCGAAUAACGCUGCCGGAAACGCGGUCUGGGUUGUGAUGGUGGGUGGGGGGGUGUUUAUGUAAUGAACUCUGACUUAUUGGCCACUCGUGUGACACGUGGAAUCACCAGCAUGGCUUAAUUGUGACGUCACUCAUCUCGCGAAUCGGCGUGCACGGCCCCACUGUGUGACGUCGCUUCCCCACCGACCGCCACCGUCACGCCACGUGUUGCCUCGUUAUGAUUUGUGAGUGUUUUGUCGCGUGUACAUCGGUUGGUUGGUUUGUUUGUUUUGCUUCGGGUGUUCGUUUCUUUCUCUCGGCAGAGUGUUCACCGAAUUAAUCUCGACCGACUGUCACGCCUGAGCUGCGUGACUCCUCACGUGGUCGUCGUCGUUGUUGUUGUUACUGCUGUUGUUGCGGGGCUAUGGGAGGGGGGAAUUCAUUGUUGGGGAACCGAGCGAAGUGGCGGUGUCUUGCUGUGCUCUCUCGGUGUGCCCAUCACGACUAUGCAAAUUGCUUCCGUCACACAGCCCGUAUCUCACCACCAUCAUCAUCAGCAGUAGAACCACACAGCCCGUGUCUCAUCAUCAUCAGAAGUAGAACCACACAGCCCGUGUCUCAUCAUCAGCAUCAGCAGUAGAACCACACAGCCCGUGUCUCAUCAUCAUCAUCAGCAGUAGCACUAUACAGCCCGUGUCUCAUCAUCAGCAGCAGUAGAACCACACAGCCCGUGUCUCAUCAUCAGUAGCAGUAGAACCACACAGCCCGUGUCUCAUCAUCAGCAUCAGCAGUAGAACCACAGCCCGUGUCUCAUCAUCAUCAGCAGCAGUAGAACCACACAGCCCGUGUCUCAUCAUCAGCAGUAGAACCACACAGCCCGUGUCUCAUCAUCAUCAUCAGCAGUAGAACCACACAGCCCGUGCCUCAUCAUCAUCAUCAUCAGCAGUAGAACCACACAGCCCGUGUCUCAUCAUCAUCAGCAGUAGAACCACACAGCCCGUGUCUCAUCAUCAUCAGCAGUAGAACCACACAGCCCGUGGCUCAUCAUCAUCAUCAGCAGUAGAACCACACAGCCCGUGUCUCAUCAUCAUCAGCAGUAGAACCACACAGCCCGUGUCUCUUCAUCAUCAGCAGUAGAUCCACACAGCCCGUGCCUCAUCAUCAUCAUCAGCAGUAGAACCACACAGCACGUGUCUCAUCAGCAGUAGCACUACACAGCCCGUGUCUCAUCAUCAUCAGCAGUAGAACCACACAGCCCGUGUCUCAUCAUCAGCAUCAGCAGUAGAACCACACAGCCCGUGCCUCAUCAUCAUCAGCAGUAGAACCACACAGCCCGUGUCUCAUCAUCAUCAGCAGUAGAACCACACAGCCCGUGUAUCAUCAUCAUCAGUAGUAGAACCACACAGCCCAUGUUUCAUCAUCAGCAGCAGUAGAACCACACAGCACGUGUCUCAUCAUCAUCAGCAGUAGAACCACACAGCCCGUGUCUCAUCAUCAUCAUCAGCAGUAGAACCACACAGCCCGUGUCUCACCAUCACCAUCACCACCACCAUUAUCAUCACCGCCACCAUCAGCAUCACCACCACCAUCAUCAGUAUCGGCAGCAGCUCUGUGCGGAGUCCGCUGAGUCCCUGCAUCGUCUCCGAGUCGUCUCCGGGUGUAUUGAGGUCUUGGUUCAGGGACCGCCGAGAACCCAGAGACUCCUGCAGACGUCCCUCGUCUAACGCUUCCCCCCCCCAUUCCCCCUCUCUCCCCCCAUAGCGCAAAUCCGCAGUUAAGCGAUUAAUAUUUUAGGAGCAGACUUCACACUUGCGAUUACGUGUUUCCACAGUUACGUGCUCAAGACAAAAAAAAAUCAAGAAAAACUAAAAACAUUCGUUCGUUUCCUUCGUUUCGUUCAUUUUUUAGUCCAGAUCUCCCUUUCCCUGGCGACAGACUCUAGCACUAUUGCACUCUACACUACUACACACUACUAGACACUACUAUACACUAUCUACUACUAUACACUACUACACACUACUACUAUACAUUAAUAUACACGACUACUAUACAUUACUAUACACUACUACUAUACAUUACUAUACACUACUGUACACUACUAUAUACUAUACACUAUCUACUACUAUACACUACUAUACACUACUACUAUACACUACUAUACAUUACUAAACACUACUAUACACUCAUAUACACUACUACACACUACUACACAGGGGCGGUUUCUUCAUUAGGGCGAUUGGGCGACGCACCACCAAUGUCAUUCAACCACAGAGUCACGCUAGCCGUCACUGUGCCUCUGUAUAAAGUCCAAUCAGCGUCAUGUCACGUUCUGUGGAGUACCGCCUCUUUUUGGGCGAUUUCACUCCGGCUGAGAAUCGCCCCGAGUGGCCCCAUAGACUUACAUUCAAAGAUGUUUUUUUUCGAACGGGGGCGCUGCCAUGCAUUCUCUAUGGCUUCCGGGAGGGCUCGCCCUAACGUGCUUACUUCAUCAUACGUAAGCACGUUUCAUCCAACAAUAUAAUUUGUCGCCACCUAGUGGAAUCUUUAAUAAAAGAAACUUGAGUGGAUUUAAUUAAUAGUGAGUAUAGAAACAAACAAGAUGUAUUGUAAGAGUCACUUUAUUUUUCAUUAAUAUUAAAGAAGUAAAGUUGCCUUUA